CCUUACCUUAAGAUAAGAGCGGAGGGUAUUUACAAGUUCCGGCCCGAUAUUUCCUUUUCAGGUUAAGUCCAAAAUUUAUAAUCGAUAAGUACUGCCCACCUCUCCACUAGAGUCACCGGCAUCCAGCUCAGCAAGUACUGUGAUCUCAUAUCUUGCCCUUUCGCUUCUUGUCCUCGCUAUCCAUAUCUAGCGAUAGAGACAGAACCACUGCAGAAAGCAGCUUUCAGUCAUGCCGAAGAAUAAAGGAAAGGGUGGAAAGAAUCGCAGACGUGGAAAGAACGAGAAUGACGACGACAAGCGUGAAUUAGUCUUCCGUGAAGAUGGGCAAGAAUACGCACAAGUAACGAAGAUGCUUGGUAAUGGUCGUCUCGAGGCAAUGUGCUUCGAUGGCGAGAAGAGGCUAGCCCACAUUCGUGGCAAGAUGCGAAAGAAGGUGUGGAUCAAUCAGGGAGACAUUGUGCUCCUUUCUCUGCGGGACUUCCAGGAUGACAAGGCAGAUGUCAUUGUUAAGUAUACGGCUGAUGAGGCGAGAAACCUCAAGGCCUACGGCGAGCUGCCAGAGAAUGCAAAAAUCAACGAGACAGACACCUUCCCCGAGGAAGAUGGCGAGUGUACUUUCGAGUUCGGCGACGAGGGGGAGGUCGAUAUCGACGACAUUUAAUCCCGUCCUUGUAUCAACCCUGUAUCCUUUAUAUUCUGUAUCGGCCAUUUCAACACAUCUUAUACAUUGUACUCCUGCGGGCACCAGUCAUGAAUUCAUUAGAUGUGAUUUUAGCAGUGUACUGGCAGUGUGUAUCAAUGGAUGUAGUCAUUUAGUUCAAUCGCAUGACUUGUAUUGAUUCUCCUGACUGUAUCCCUAUUAUUUGA